AGAAUACAAUAGCAAAGGGUAUUACGGAGAGAGGAACAGCAGAAGAAGGUUAUAGAUUAGAGAAUUGCAAAGAAAGAAAAAGAGAAAAUAGAAAAGAAAAAAAGGAGAAAUUCAGUGGAAUAAUCCAUGAAACAUUUCUCUAUAUAAACACAUCCACACACCACAAUCUCCUUCUUCUGCUGCGGUAACUGCAGAGAGAAAAAGAGAGAAAGAAAAAGGGAAGAAACGGUGCGUAGCGCAGAAAGCGGAAACACGCGGAAGGAGGAAUCAGCGGUGCUCCACCGGCGAUCGCUCAUCGGCGCCGGCGAACUUCAGAUCGCUGCUCUUGCUUCUCCGGAAAUUGUGCCAUGCGAUUCUUCCAGAGGCAUUUUGUGUUAUAGUAUUGCAGUGCUGGUUUUUUGGCUCUCUGGUGGAAAAUUGUUAUAUAUGGGCUGAGGUGUGCUUUUCAUGGGAGGUGUGGAGGAUGAAGAACCAGCUUUGAAACGAAUGAAAGUAUCCUCAAAAGGAUUAGGUGGUCUCUCAAACGGUUCGUCUUCAGUGGAGCCUGUUGGAGGCUCUUCAAGCGACUUGAUGGCGCGGCCCCUGUCAUCUGAAGGGGACGGCGAAGUUGUUGGUUCAAGAGGGGUUAUAAAAAGAGAAGAAUUUGUUAGGAUAAUCACAAAGGCAUUGUAUUCGCUUGGUUACAAGAAGAGCGGGGCACGUCUAGAGGAGGAGUCUGGCAUACCUUUGCACUCGUCUGUUGUGAAUCUGUUUAUGCAGCAAAUACUUGAUGGCCAUUGGGAUGAGAGCAUAGUCACAUUGAAUAAAAUUGGUCUAGCAGAUGAAAAUGUUCUCCGGGCAGCUUCGUUUUUGAUAUUGGAGCAGAAGUUUUUUGAACUUCUUGAUGGGGAAAAGGUCAUGGAUGCAUUGAAGACAUUGAGGACUGAGAUUACACCUCUUAGCUCUGAUAGUAAUAGAAUUCGUCAACUUUCUUCCUGCAUGCUUUCUCCAUGUGGCCAAGUUGGUUCUUCAAAGCGAGAUAUUGUACAGGUGAGAACUCGGUCAAAACUGCUGGAGGAACUGCAAAAUCUGCUUCCCCCAACUGUACUGAUACCUGAAAAGAGAUUGGAACAUCUAGUUGAACAAGCUCUUAUCUUGCAACGAGAGGCUUGCCUUUUUCACAACUCAUUGGAUAGAGAGAUGUCAUUGUACUCAGAUCAUCACUGUGGAAAAACUCAGAUACCUUCUAGGACAUUACAGAUAUUAGAAGCACAUGAUGAUGAAGUUUGGUAUGUGCAAUUUUCGCAUAAUGGGAAAUAUUUAGCUUCAGCAUCAAAUGAUCGAUCUGCAAUCAUUUGGGAGGUUGACAUGAAUGGUGGAGUGUCUAUGAAGCAUAAAUUAUCUGGUCACCUGAAAUCUGUUUCUUCUGUUUCAUGGAGUCCUAAUGACCAAGAGCUCCUAACAUGUGGUGUGGAGGAGGCUGUUAGGCGGUGGGAUGUAUCUACUGGUAAGUGCCUGCAAGUUUAUGAAAAAAAUGGUCCUGGUCUCGUCUCCUGUGCAUGGUUUCCAAGUGGGAAAUAUAUACUCUCUGGCCUCAGUGACAAGAGCAUUUGCAUGUGGGAUUUAGACGGGAAAGAAGUGGAGUCUUGGAAAGGACAGAGAACCCUUAAGAUUUCUGACUUGGAAAUAACGGGUGAUGGGGAACACUUUUUGAGUAUUUGCAAAGACAAUGCAAUACUGUUCUUCAACAAAGAAACUAAAGAAGAGAGAUUUAUUGAAGAAGAGCAGACGAUAACUUCCUUCUCUUUGUCAAAGGAUAGCAGAUUCUUGUUGGCUAAUCUUUUGAACCAAGAAAUUCACCUCUGGAAUAUAGAAGGUGAUCCUAAACUUGUUGGCAAGUACAGAAGUCAUAAACGCACCCGGUUUAUCGUCAGAUCUUGCUUUGGUGGUCUUAAGCAAUCUUUCAUUGCUAGUGGUAGUGAGGAUUCUCAGGUUUACAUAUGGCACAGAAACUCGGGGGAUCUAGUAGAGGCAUUGCCUGGUCAUUCUGGAGCUGUUAACUGUGUGAGCUGGAACCCAGCAAACCCUCACAUGUUAGCCUCGGCGAGUGAUGACCGUACUAUUCGGAUAUGGGGCUUAAAGCGCCUCAAUGUAAAGUAUCCCCCUAAUCUACUACGCACCAAUGGCGUCCAUUACUGCAAUGGUGGAGCCGAACUUAGGUGAACCAACCAACGCAAACUAUUUCUAUUCCAUCUCUUUUUUUUAACAUUGCAAUUCUGUAAAUACCUUCACUAUCACAUCUAGUAGACCAGACAGACAAACAGACACAGACAUUCAUACCAAACAUGCACCAUCUGACUUCUCAAAAUAAAUUCUUGUUUCAUUUAUCUUCUUCC